AUGACCGCCGAACCCCUGCCCGACCAUCGAGCACUGAGAGAGGCGUUUGACCACGAGAUCUACUCUUCCUCCGGCACUCCGCUACGAUUUGGCUCCCUGUUAUACGAUUGCGAUGUCUAUCCAGCCGAAAAGCGAAUCCUCGUCAUAUUCAUCAGGCAUUUCUUCUGUGGGAACUGUCAGGAGUAUGUCCGGAGACUGUCUUCGACUGGGUCGCCCUUCCAUCCAUCUCAGAAGUCACACCGACCGUCCACCUCGAUAGCCUCGACGACAAACUUCUCCAAGCCUGCUUCCCGCACCCUUCCCACAAUCAUAAUCAUUGGGCCAGGCCAACCUAGCUUGAUUGCGUCGUACAAGAGUGUGACACAAUGUCCUUUCGACAUCUACGCCGAUCCUUCUACGCGCCUCUACGAACUCUUGGGCAUGUACCGCACGCUAGCCCUUGGCCAUAAGCCCCCUGGCUACAUCGAGCAUUCCCUCUUCAGCGGUGCCCUGAAAUCUGCUUGGCAAAUUGUCCGCCGUGUCGGCAAUGGGGAUGCCAUGAGUGGAGGAGACUGGGCCGUCAAUGGUGGCGAGUUUCUUUUCGUCAGGUCGGCGCGUGGCAGACCCUCGAUGGGAUCGGAAUCUUAUUCCUCAAGAUCGAGGUCGAGGUCGAGAUCGAGGUCGCGAAGUGGUCAACCUCAAGAUUGGGACGUUUCGUGGUGCCAUCGAAUGGUCAACUCUAGAGACCACACCGAAGUUAUCAAUCUACAAUAUCACGCCUGCCUCCCAGAACUGUCAUCGCGAGCAAACUCGCGCACCCCGUCUCCUGCACCCCUGAAGUCGAUUUUGGUCAACGGCGGCAGAGCACAUUCCAAGACACCUUCAGGAAGCUACUCGGCGGAGCGUCUCGGUUCUUGUCCAGGUCCGGAUAUCCCCAAAUCUCGUGAAGAGGUUCUUUCGAGCCAGCGCCUCAGCCGCCCACACUCCAGGGGGCAUUCUACAUCCAAGAGUCAUCAUCGCCAACGUUCGCGGAGCACGAGCGUUGGUUCUCAGACGAAUCAUGCAGCAAAACAGAAUCACAGGAGAGUAUGGUCAGGUAUCAGUAACACAAGUACAUCGCGGUUGGAUGGUGUCACCAGUCCCAUCUCCGAAGUUGUAGAAGAGGACUUCAAACCACGAAAGAGCUUCUCAGCCACAGUUGCAGAGAGUGUGAGGUUUGGUGCGCUUCUAAAACGAUCAAAGUCAUUCUCGAGUCCGGCACAGACAGAUGCUACCUUUCCCGUGGUCGAGACUGCUGGAAAAGUUGACGCGGCUACUCAAUCGCGCCCAAGGAGCAGGACGAGUGUCUCCAAAUCAGGGUUCAAACCGGACGCUGCUCCCUAUGCCCUUCGCAUUGAAUCCGAGUCCAAGCAAAAGCACAACGACAUCAUCCUACCCUCCUCCUCCUCCUCCCCCCCAACCGACGCACCUUUGCCCCUUCCCAGACCUCUCGCGCCAAAAUCUCCACGCAAGCAUGCGCGAUCGAGAACAUUCUCCUUCUCCCGACCAAGUCUGCCGCUGCGAAGAAGAGCAGCAAGCCAGAUCGAGAUGGGUGAGGACGGCGUCAUGUUCGUCGACGGCGUGGAAUUCGUGAACGUCAUUAGCGUCAAGGCACGCAUCGAGGCCAGCAGUGCUCGAGAUCAGACAAGAGAAAGGGCAGAUAGUGGGCUCGGCAUGGAAGUCGAGACGCGGAAUGACAAAGGUGCCCCAAAAAAGGAAAUCAAGACAGAGAUCCCAGAGGACAAGAAGAAGUAUUCCGUGUUGUCUGUUCUCCCAGAGAUUGCCGCUCUGACCCGGCAGGAUGAUUGA